AUGUUAUGUUAUGUUAUGACGCGUGCGUUCAGGGACCGACGGCAACACGUUAACCGGGAAUCGCCGCAUCAAGGACGCACGCGGCAGCCGGCAGUCGGUAGCCUCCCUGUUCCCGCACGGUUCGGCUCGGGGAGGGAAGGGGAGGGACGGACGCCGGGCGCCGCUGCCGCCCCCGCCGCCCCGGCAGCCAAUGGGGAGCUCCGGUGGGCGGCGGCGCGGCCAAUGGGCGCGGCCGGACACGCCCCCGCGGUGCUGCGGGCGCCGCCGCCGUCGCCGCCGCCCCCGCCGGCAGCCCUCGGCCCGCUUCAUAGCAGUUGCCCGCCCGCCACGCCUGCUAUGGACCCUCGAGUAGCACCACCAGCGCUACUGGAAGGCUGCAAGGUGCCGCUGUGGGCGCGCUGGCUGCCCACGGAAAGAAAAGGGCCGGGCAGAGCGGUAGGCGCACCAGAGGUGUGCGGAGGCGCAGCAAAGGAAGGGAAGGAACGGGCCACCUGGCACGAGGCGAUCGCAGACCUCACCUGCUGGAGUGACAGAACAGAGAGGAAAGACCGGUGGUCGCCGCAGGCAGCACCCUCACCACCGAACGGAGGUGAGGGAUGCCCAGAGUGCGAGUACACGGCGAGCCGUGGAGCCAAGUGCCAAGCCAAGAGAGGGCGACUCGCCGGGGGCGGCCGCGGAGGAGGCGGUGCCGAGAGCGCAGGCCUUCACAGGCCGGCGUCCGGUGGCGUCCCGCGCUAG